CGGCACAUUUUAUUUGCCUCUAAAGUCAAUAGCUGAUGAACUGUCAUUUGGGUGAAAUUUGACGUAGUGAAAAAGUAAAAUAAAUAAAAAGCUGCCAAAUUUGAAUUACAAUAUGGAAAGGCAUCAACAAAUCCAAUUAUUUUGCGUGGAAGUUCAAAAAUUUUGCCUAUUAAUUAGAUUAAACCGCUUGAAGCAGAAAAGCAAAAGGUCAAGAAGCUGUGCUGUGCGUAAAUUACUUUUGGACCGAGGCAAAGAUGGUUUUUAUUUUUCGCGCAUACCAAAGAUGCGUUUGAAUGACGUUCAAUCGUUUAUAAAUUUUCACCGCAUGGAUCCGACGACCUUCGAUGAGCUCCUUCACAUUUUGGGACCCAACUUGAAGAAUCAACCCAAUAGAUUUAAUGAAGAAAUAUCACCAGGAGAAAGAUUGGCUCUUACUUUAAGAUAUUUAGCGAGUGGAGAUAGCAUGAAAUCAGUUGGGUUUUAUGGAUUUCUAAUUGGCGCUUCGACCACAUCUAAUAUUGUAAGGGAAACCUGUCAACAGAUAUGGGAAAAAUUACAAUAUGUUUUCCCUACCCCUUCUGAAGACAUGUGGAAAAGUACUUCAGACGAGUUCUUUUUGGAAUGGGACUUUCCCAAUUGCUUAGGUGCAAUAGACGGGAAACAUGUCGUAAUACAGGCGUUUCCGAACCACAAUUCGCUUACUUACAACUACAAACAUACGCACAGUUUGGUUUUAAUGGCAGUGGCCGAUGCGCACUAUAAAUUUAUAAUGGUAGACAUAGGUGCUUUAGGGCAUAAUAGUGACGGUGGAGUGUUUAAAAAUUCAAAAUUUGGCAACAGUAUUUUGCAUCACCCGCAAAAUAUGAAAAUUCCUGGAGAAAAAGUACUUCCUAACACAAAUGAAAUUGCUCCUUUUGUUUUUCUCGCAGAUGAGGCAUUUCCUUUACGAAAGAAUAUAAUGCGUCCAUAUCCUGGCCGAAAUGUUACGAACUUGCCUCAAAAAGAAUUAAUAUUCAACAAACGCCUGUCCAAAGCGCGAAGGGUUGUUGAAAACGCAUUCGGAAUUUUAUCCAGCCGUUUUCGGAUAUACCGCAAACCAAUUAUUGCAAGCAAGGAAACUGCAAUAAAUAUUGUGAAGGCUACAGUGUGCUUGCAUAAUUGGCUUCGAGACAAAAGCGCCUCCAAUUAUUUAAACGCGGAUGAAGUUGAAGAGGACAGCGAAUUAGACAUUACCCGAAUUGGUUUACAACCAAUAUUAUCUUCUCGAAGUAAUCAUGCCUCACAAGAUGCCAUGACUGUCCGGAAUAUAUUUACAAAUUACUUUGAAAGCUUUCCAGAUUAGUUUAUA